UUGAUAUGAUGGCCUCACACACACACACACACACACACACACACACACACACACACACACACACACACACACACACACACACACACACACACACACGGUCAGAAUGACACAGGUGUGAGUGGAGGAGGUUGAUCUCUAAAAUUGCUCAGCGAGCGCGGCUAAUUAGCUUGAUUUGCUAAGCUGUCAAUCAAAGCCAAUGGAAACCAAUCAGAGCGCAGGAGGGGACGAACUGGCGGGCAUGCCAAAGGAGGCGGGGCUAAGGGCGCUGGUGCAGCGGACGGGAUACCGUCUGCAGCAGGAGAACGGUCAGCGGCGCUAUGGCGGCCCCCCGCCCGGCUGGGAUGCCCCGCCCCCCGAGAGAGGAAGUGAGAUCUUCGUGGGAAAACUACCGCGAGAUCUGUUCGAGGACGAGCUGGUGCCGCUUUGCGAGAAGUUCGGGAAGAUCUACGAGGUGAGGAUGAUGAUGGACUUCAACGGGAACAACCGCGGCUACGCCUUCGUCACCUUCGCCAGCAAACAGGAAGCCAGGGCGGCCAUGAAGCAGCUCAACAACUACGAGAUCAGGAACGGCCGGCUCCUGGGCGUGUGCGCCAGCGUGGACAACUGCCGUCUCUUCGUGGGCGGCAUCCCCAAAGGCAAGAAGCGCGAGGAGAUCCUGGUGGAGAUGAGGAAGGUGACGGACGGCGUGGUGGACGUCAUCGUGUAUCCCAGCGCCGCCGACAAGUCCAAAAACCGCGGGUUCGCUUUCGUGGAGUACGAGAGUCACCGGGCGGCCGCCAUGGCUCGCCGCAAACUGUUGCCAGGUCGCAUCCAGCUGUGGGGUCACGCCAUCGCCGUGGACUGGGCGGAGCCUGAGGUGGAGGUGGACGAGGACACCAUGGCGACAGUGAAGAUCCUCUACGUGAGGAACUUGAUGCUGCAGACCAGCGAGGAGAGCAUCCAGAAGGAGUUCAACGCCGUCAAAGCAGGCGCGGUGGAGCGGGUCAAGAAGAUCCGCGACUACGCCUUCAUCCACUUCACGCACCGCCAGGACGCCAUCGACGCCAUGGCCGCCCUCAACGGCAAGGUUGUGGACGGCUCUCCCAUCCAGGUGACGCUGGCCAAGCCGGUGGACAAGGACAACUACGUGCGCUACACGCGAGGAACGGGAGGACGAGGAAGCUCACUGCUGCAGGCCGACUAUGCCGCCUACACCUUGGGCCAGGUGUACGACCCCACCGUGGCCUACCUCGGUGCGCCCGUCUUUUACGCGCCGCAGGCUUACGCCGCCGUCCCUGGCCAGUUCCGCUUCCCGGCGGCUAAAGGUCCCGUCGUAGGACGCGGUCUGCUCAGGACGCCCUCCGUGCGAGAAGUUUACAUGACUGUACCUGUAGGGGCCGCUGGGGUGCGGGGGCUGGGUGGGCGGGGCUACCUUAGCUACGCUGCGGCCCGCGAGGGAGGAGCCUCCUUCGGGGCGAAGGCAGACAAGCCAGCGGAGGAGAAGCUCUACGACCUUCUGCCCGGGAUGGAGCUGACCCCCAUCGCCCCAGCCACCAUGAGCAUCAAGGUGGGCGCCAUUAAGCCGGCGCCGCAGGUUCUGGAGGAAGUGUGCCAGAAGAACAACUGGGGUCAGCCCGUGUACCAGCUGCACUCGGCCAUGGCGCCAGACCAGCGGCCGCUCUUCCUCUACAAGAUCAGCAUCCCGGCGCUCGCCAGCACGCCCCCCUUCACGCCUGCCAAGCUGAGCGCCGCCGUGGACGAGGCUAAGGUGCACGCCGCCGAGCACGCGCUGCACACCUUGGGCCUGCAGGUGGAGGGCGCCGCCGAGGCCGUGGCCGUGGCCGCAGUCGCCUUCCCAGGUACGUGAAGGUUACGCUCUGGGGAGCUCGGCGCCGCCCGCCUCCCAGCUGAAGUCUCUGGGCCAAGACGUGCCGGCCUACGCCGCCUACGAGGGCUACCCCGCCUUCGCCAUGGCAACGCAGCGACACAGCGACGGAUACGGUGUCUUCUAAGGCUUUUAUUUUGAAGGGGGUCAUCCUUCUUUGGCGUUGAGGAUGUUUCAUUCAGUAUUAAAAUCUUUUUACAAACAAA